CAUUCUGUCUCAAGCAGCGGUCUAAACAAACCAAGACUAGCUCACCAAAGUAGCUGACAAAAUCGAACAUGGCGCCUGCUUGCACCGACAGCUAUCAAUAAAAGAGUGUCGCGAACAAGUGGGAAACAAAGUUUUCAGAUAUUAUCGAAGUGCACCCACUUUGUGCCUUCAGUGGUGGAUUUGGUAAUGUAAAACACGAACGGAAUAGCUCGAGCGGGUGAAAGCUGCAAGUUGCCUACAUGAUAACAUUGUCUCUUAUAGUGUUGUAAAGAGCUGGCACGACCAGCCAUGAUUGAGGACAAGGGCCACCGUGUGACCGACUACUUUGUGGUGGCCGGGCUGACGGACAAGUCCACGCCCCUGGAGCAGGACCUGUCGGAGACCAAGUCCAGCGGGCCCAAGGCGCCCAUUACUGACCUGGCCGUCAUCAACAAGUCGGCGGGCGAGACGGUGCCGGAGGGCUUCACCUGCAUGGAGAGCACCUACAGUGGGCAGCAGGCCAACCUCAACCACGGCAGCCUUAAGAGCCACGAGCUGUUCCUCUGCUACAAGAGGGACCGCGACAAGCCCCCGCUCAUCGAUAUCGGGGUGUUAUACGAAGGGAAGGAGCGUCUCAUCCAGGGCUGUGAGGUCAUUCAGGUCACGCCGUACGGCCGUUGUGCCAACGUCAACAACAGCUCUGCUACCUCACAGCGUAUCUUCAUCACCUUACGCCGCGCGCCGCCCGUCCAGCCCCAGAACUCCCUGUCCGUCACCGACAUCUGCGUCAUCGUCACCAGCAAGGGCGAGACGCCGCCGCACACCUUCUGCAAGGUGGACAAGAACCUCAAUUGUGGCAUGUGGGGCUCCAGUGUUUUCCUGUGCUACAAGAAAUCAGUGUCCGCGUCCAACUCCAUCAAUUACAAAGCCGGCCUCAUCUUCCGCUACCCAGAGGAUGACUAUGAGUCAUUCCCCCUGUCUGAGUCUGUGCCCCUGUUCUGCCUCCCCAUGGGGGCUAAGAUCGAGUGCUGGGCCCCCAACACACGCUACCCUCUGCCCGUCUUCUCCACCUUUGUGUUAACCAACUCCUCUGGGGAAAAGAUGUACGGCGCAGCCAUCCAGUUCUACGAGGCCUACCCCAUAGAUCUCCUCAGUGAGAAGCAGAAGGUGCAGCUGGGCCUGCUCACCACCGUGGAGAAGAAGAUGAUCCCCAACCGGACGGUCAACACCAACAAGUGCAUCUGCCUGCUCUCUCGCUGGCCCUUCUUCGAGUCUUUCCGCAAGUUCCUCAUGUUCCUCUACAAGCUGUCCGUCUCGGGUCCCCACCCGCUGCCCAUCGAAAAGCACAUCUCGCACUUCAUGCACAACGUGUCCUUCCCUUCACCUCAGAGGCCCAGAAUCUUGGUCCAACUCUCUGCACACGACACCUUGAUGCUCGCACAACCUGUGUGUACUCCUCUCCCUCUCAGUGGGGCAGACUACAGUACGUUGCUGAUGAACCUGGGCCCAGAGAACUGUGCCACGCUGCUGCACUUUGUCCUGCUGGAGAGUAAGAUCCUGCUUCACUCCCUGAGACCCGCUGUACUCACCGGGGUAGCAGAGGCCGUAGUGGCGAUGAUCUUCCCGUUCCAGUGGCAGUGCCCGUACAUCCCCCUCUGCCCGCUCUCCCUGGCGGGGGUCCUCAAUGCCCCCUUUCCCUUCAUCGUGGGCGUGGACUCCCGCUACUUUGACCUUUAUGACCCCCCGCCGGACGUGGUCUGUGUGGACCUGGACACCAACACUAUUUACCUGUCUGAUGAGAAGAGACACAGUAACUGGAAAAACCUCCCAAAGAAACCCUGCAAGAGCCUGUUUAACUCACUGGCCAACCUGCACCACCAGCUGGGCAUCGUGCGUCGGACAGCCCAGGAGGGCUUGGCGGUGGAGAUGACCCCCAUCGAGGCGGACUUCACCUGGCACAAGAAGAUGACCUCCCUGGAGAUGGAGAUCCAAGAGGCCCUGCUGCGCUUCAUGGCCAACAUCCUGAAGGGCUACCGUUCCUACCUCAAACCCAUCACCCAGGCCCCCUCCGAGAAGGCCACCUCUGCAGACUCACUAUACGACCUACAGGGGUUUCUGAGGAGCAGGGAGCGCACCCACCAGAAGUUCUACUCCCAGCUGACCAAGACUCAGAUCUUCAUCCGCUUCAUCGAGGAGUGCACGUUCGUCAGCGACAAGGACACGGGCCUGGCCUUCUUCGACGACUGCAUUGAGAAGCUAUUUCCCUCCGAUAAAGGCAACGACAAAGGCACUAAGGUGGAGGGUGAGUCCUCAGAGGACACCAAGCUUAUGGAACUAGACGAAUCACAGAAGAGCGAGCACACUGUCUUCGUCAUGCCCCCAGAACCCCCCGCCACCGAGGAAGGGUCCGACCCCCCUUCCCACUACAGUUAUAAGAGUUUUCCUCGGUUGUGUAUGGACCUGUUUGACCGCCCCAGGGAGGUGACACCAGCGCUGAGGAGUAGUACACCUGGGGCCAGCCUGUCCAGCAGCCCUGCACUACUGGCCAAGAGGACCAAGCAGGAGAUCAAGCUGGCCUACAAGAUGGCCAAGCGCUUCUACUCCAACCCUCCGCUGUGGGCCAAGUGUCUGUUCAGCCACUGCUACAGCCUGUGGUUCAUCUGUCUGCCCGUGGGGGUGAGGCUGGCUCAGUCCAAGAGCUGGGCCAUGCAACAGGCCUACAACGUCCUGCUCAAGAUGAGRACCUCUGAGGUGGAGGUGCUGGAUGAGGUGUGUUACCGUGUAGUGAUGCAGCUGUGUGGUGUGUACGGUCAGCCUGUCAUGGCCGUCCGUGUCCUGGUGGAGAUGAAGAAGGCAGGGGUACACCCUAACGCUAUCACCUACGGAUACUACAACAAGGCUGUUCUGGAAGGCCCCUGGCCCAGUCGGAACCGCAGUGGGCUCUUCAUGUGGGCCAAGGUGCGCAUCGUGGCGCGCGCUCUCUCUCAAUUCAAACAGGCAGUCCAGCGGACGCCCGCCAUGGAAGGACCCACCGUCAUCACGACAGGAAGUGAUUUAGGCCCGUCAGUGGGCGGCUCGGCGAGCAGCGACGGCGACCGGCUGAGCCACGGGAGUGCAGACAGCUCCAGCGAGGCGAACGGAGAAGAUCAUACCCUGUUCGCACGCAGCCUCAUCAUAGGAGACGCCGCAGACAACCACUGCAGCGGAGGAGUUCAGUCUGAUCAAGGCUACGGCUCUAAAGAUGAGUUGCACCAGGACCUAGUGGAUUUGGCUCAAUCAGCAGCCCUUGUAAUCGCUGUGGAUCAGUGCAGCAAGUCCACAGCACAGCACAACGGUGGGGACAUAGCUGGCUCGGUGGACAGUGCAGUGGCUGUAGCGGAGCCCCCCAGCCCUGUGAAAGCACUCCCACAUGUCCCUAGCAUCGUCAAACUGUCCACAGGAACGAGUUUUGAUACCGCCAUGAAGAGAGGAGACACUGCCCCUGGGAAGCUGUUCUCUCUGCGUAGCCAGAGCGAGGACAUCUCCCUGCCGGUUGAGGGUAAGUCUGCAGCUCCAGGUGGCUCCGGGGUGGCGGGACCUGCGGUCCAGGUCCAGCGCCAGAAGGCCUUCUCGGAGCGCAGCUGCAGCUUCAGCGCCGAGAGCCGUGCCGGCAUGCUGAUGGAGAAACAUGGUGUGGACCACAUCGUCAGCCGCAUGGGCGCCGAUGCACGGAUCUUGGCGGCGGCUCUCUCUGGGGGCGGCACCACCCCCCCGCCUACAAAGCCGCUUCCCAGUGCGGCCAAAGCCCUCUUUAAGGACCUGGAGUUGGAGUCUGAGGAGGGGCGGGGUCCGAUGCUGGGGAAACUGUCAGAGGAGGAGGGGCCAGUAACGGACCCAACCCCACUGGAGGAGGGGCUAGGGAAAGAGGAGAAGAGGACGAAAGGUGACAGGAAGGAGGCAGGAGGGGAGGAUGAGAUGGGUCUAAAGUUGGAGGAGGAAGAUGAGGAAAGAGAUUCAGUGGGGAGGGGCUCUAUUUCUCUGCCAACCUUGGAGAUUAAGGAGGUGCAGGUAGGGGCAGAUCCCCUCUCCCUCCUUGUCUCGGAGCACGAGGAGUUAGCCUCCGUAACCAGUCAGGAGCUGCCGCAAUCCCUGCCUGCCGUGGUGUCCCGAAACCUGGCAGACGAGAUUGAGAUGUACAUGAGCCUACGGAGCCCGCUUGGCCCCAAAUCCUGUAGCAUGGAGCUCCACCAGGAGKGCCAGGGAGGGGACCCUUCCCCGGAUGCUGCCCCAGUGAAGCAACCUCUAGAACGGAGGUCCAGCCUCCCCGUGCCCCCUGUCCAACACCCAGGGGGGUCAAGCGGGGACACGAUGCCUAAACGCAGCCCCGCAGCAGUCACACGCUCCAAGACCUUCGCCGUGAAGGCCUCCAGGAGCCCUGCCUCUUCCAGGGGUGUUGUGGCCAGCCCAAGGUCGCUGGUGAGGUCGUCGCAGAGUGGUUCGCUGGGGUCGGUCAUCAACUCUAUCUCGGGCAUGAAGAUGGACACCCUGCUCUCGGGUCCCAAGAUGGACGUGUUGAAGUCAGGCAUGAAGCAGGCAGGAAACCUGGCCAGCAAGGUGUGGGGGGCUGUGGCCUCAGCCUACUCUUACUCCGAUGACGAGGAUGAACUGGGCCCUGGCUAUAGGGAAAGGGACAGUUUCCCUGCCGGGCUGGAUGAGUCCAUGCUGUUGGGGGGUGGAGGAAGUGACAGUCCCACCCACAGAGGGCCCACCCAAGGCCUGGUGUCUAACGGCCUGACCCAGAGCAGCACCAGCCUGGGCAGCAGCAGUGGGAGCAGCGACACAGGGAGAGGACCCCACUCCACACAUGUGGAAGGGUGUAUGGUUGAAACUUAUUACCAGAACUGUGCCCUUGAGGUGCUGAUGUCCAGCUGCUCCCAGUGUCGAUCCUGUGAGUGUCUGGUAUACGAUGAGGAGAUCAUGGCGGGCUGGACGGCAGACGAUUCCAACCUCAACACCACCUGUCCCUUCUGCCGCACCGCCUUCCUGCCCCUGCUCCACGUCGAGUUCCACGACCUGCGCACCACCACAGCGUUCUACCUGAACCCCAGCGCRUCAGGAGACAGUAUCCACAGCACCAGCCACCAGGCCACAGCUACAGGCUCCACCGAGAACAAGGUAGGGGCUGCAGUGGACACCCCGACCCCUGGCCUCAUCAGCUUCCCAGAAUCUGAGGACCCAGGAGAGGCCCCGGCCAGCCAGACUGCCACGCACAAGAGUUUGAUACCGGAGCCGGCUCAAUCGGAUCCCCUGGGCCUGCUGGAGCACCAGGCAGGGAAAAAGGGGACGUCUCUGACACGCAGCAACAGUGUGGGCGGGCCUCUACAGAGCCUGGUUGCCCAGAGAGAACCAGGACACAGCGUGUCCACCACCAGCCUGCCCUGCAGCCUGACAGAGAUGGAUGGCCUGGGACAGAAGCGGCCCAACCCAAUGCCGGUGUCUGUGCCCUACCUCAGCCCCCUGGUCCUCCGCAAAGAACUAGAGACCCUACUGGAGAAUGAGGGAGACCAAGUCAUCUACACCCACAAGUUCCUGAGCCAGCACCCCAUCAUAUUCUGGAACCUGGUGUUUUAUUUCCAACGCCUGGACCUGCCCAGCUACCUGCCUGGCCUCAUCCUCACCUCGGAACACUGUAACAAUGGAGUACAGCUCCACCAGACAUCCCUGUCUCAAGACAGUAAACAGGUGUAUGUUCAGCUGCUGUGGGACAACAUCAAUCUGCACCAGGAACCUGGGGAUCCCCUCUACCAGAGCUGGAGGACCCUGAUGGAGAAGAAGGGCACCCUGGCCCCCACGGACUACCAGGAGACACGGACCCUCCUCAACAGCAUCGUCCGCAGCAUCCAGACCAACGACGUCUAUGGCCCCAUCAAUCUGCUUCUCCGGGAGGUCAAGAGGAACCCAGAGGUCAAACGCCAAAGGGGUAUCUAUAGGGAGAUCCUCUUCCUGGCGCUGGUGGCAUUGGGACGGGAGAACAUYGACGUCGAGGCUUUUGACCGUGAAUACCGCCGGGCCUUUGAUGAGCUGAGCCCAGAGCAGCUCAAGGCCCUGCACAAGAUCGACCGGCCACCCAACACCAACGUCCAGUGGUGCCUCAAGUGCUUCGGCGCUCCAGUCAUCUGAUUUGGCCACUGCUACCAUCUGCUGGAUGGUCUGAGGACCUCACUCACACUGGAGAGAAGCAGACAAGAGAAAGGGGGAAAGGAACUUGAUGGGUGAGGGUGUAAGGGAGAAUUUUGUACAGAGAAUYUUUGCACCUUCAUAUCCCGAAAGUCCCUUUUGUUGUUCUUUCUGCUUCUUGCAGCUUUUCCCGCGGGCCACUUGUAUCUCAUUGUUAUUUAUGUAAAUACUCUGGAAGGUCAGGAAAAGAGAGCCUUGUUUAUAAAAUGGUGUGUUUCUUUACCGAUGGUGUGGGUGAGAAUGAAUGUCGCUUGUACAGUGUUAGUUAGUCCCUUCUAUGAUCGAGUAUGCGUGUCUCUCACUGCCCAGUCCUAAGUGGCCUUGCUCCAUCUCUGUCCUAUAGCCCCAGGAUCUGACCCCAACACCCCUGGCCCUAGAACCACUUUGUAGUAUUCUACUGAUCAUCACUGUCAUUGAUGUGCACUUUUAGAAACGGUAGCUUUACCAGUCCGUUGGUUGUCUUUUUUGUACAUAUUUUUCUACAUGGGGGAUGCCUUGAUGCUGAUAAUGAUUUCUACAGAUUCAGUCUAAACUAUUGUCAUUGUGGGUGUUUGUCUUGGAAUGCAAUUCAUUUUUGAGAAGUAGAUUUCUCUCGUUUUGUGUGUAAAUAAGUGUUGGAGAUCAGUUCGAGAACAUUCCAGAACCCUGCAAACGUGUCUUAAAAGAAAAGCCUGAAUUAAAUGUUUUAUUCUUACAACAUAGACAUCCCAAUGGGAGAGAAAAGGAAUCCGUCGCAGCAUACUCAACCUAGAAUGUUUCAGGUUUAGCCACCAGCCAUUUUUGGGCUAAAAAUCAAACGUAACCAUGAAUAGGAAGGGAACUGAGAUGCCAAACUACUGAAGUGCAGCUCUUUCCUUCUCUCUCCAUCGCUCCAUGCCUUGAGCAAAAGACGAGAGCCGUUCUGUCACAGGGAAAGAAACCAUGGUAAGUUACUGCGGCGCCUCAGUAGUAGUGACAAGACAGUCAGUCCAACGUGUAAUGUUUUUAACUGCAACAUACAGUUCAACUAUUAUGGUAAUAUAUGCUUUCAUGUGAUUAAAAAUCUGCUUGUGUACAUGCUUGGGUUACUCCAUAAUAUAUCAACAGUAUAUCUGACUGACAUAGAAAUAUCCCUCCCUUUGAAAGCUGAAGCAUUGUAGUUAAGGAAAAUGCUUUUACGAUUUACAUAUUAGUGUGGUCUGCCUUAAUUCAUUUAGUCCCAUCUCUUUUUUUCCUUUUAUUGUGAAUGGAAUAUCGACUUUGACAUUGAACAGCGGAAGAGACUUUACACAGCACAUAAAGGGCGUAUUUAAACAGGAUAAAUAUUCCCAGGGCAUGUAGGAGUGAGUGCUGACCAAGGAUCAGGUCUACAUCUGUCUAUGUAAUCUUUAUUAUUUGAAAGGCAAAACUUACCCYAGCUCAGCACUCCUACUCUAAGACGCUUUAAGAAUAUGUAAUGUCAUCUGGGUCCAUAAAGUAUCAUAACUCCUACUACAACGGCGGUCCUUUCUAGAUACAAAUGGGAAAGUCACACAGAAGUGUGAAUACUGUGUAUGUAAAGUUGUCAGAUUGCACUGCUUAGAUUAGUACGUGAUUUAACCCCAAUAGGGAUCAUCUGUUCCAACAUCUUCGAGGUCAAACUUUACCACCGCGGAACAUUUCAGGAAACCUAAAUCCAACUGUUUAUUAUUAUAACAUAUGGGCUACAGAACAUGUAUCAAGCCAAUCACAGUGGUGUUAUACAUUUGAUAACUAACUUCUUAUAUCGAAGCGAUUCCAUCAUAUAUGACAUCGUGCAUUUCCUGUUGGCUAAAAGCUUAUGUGCUCGUCAGAGGAUGUACAGAAAAUGGUUCAAUCUACCGUCCUGUGGAAUGCAUAUACACUAUUGUACUGCAAUAAAUGAGUUGUGACCUGAUUCAAAACAAAA